AAUAGUUUCAGUCAGUCGCGUCGCGGACCUGUCACGGCUAACAUUAAAUUGUUGGUGUAUGAGUGCAUGCCAAUUUUAAAAAGGCCUCACCAUAGCGGGAUGCAGAGAGGUAGCAGUCGUUCUUACCCUCGAUGAAUAGUGGCUGAGUGGAAAAAUGGACGGCAAGGCAUAUAUACAGAGGCCAAAGAAUCCAAGGGAAGGAGCUAACCCAAUAAGUGCACUAACAUUUGGGUACAUACUACGUUUGUUCUGGGUUGGUUACCGUCGAGAUCUCGACAUUCAAGACUUGUAUGAGCCGCUGAAGGAGCACAAGAGUAAUUUACUGGGUGAAAAAAUAGCCAGGCUAUGGGAGCAGGAGUGCGAACGUGUCAACAAAAAGCAAUCAAGGAGCAAAAGUCAUCGUAACGGCAAGGACGACCGAAUUCAACCGAGCUUACUUCGUGUUUUAUUGAGAUGUUUCGGCUUCAAAUUGGUACUUUACGGAGUACUGCUGGCCGUUAUGGAAAUUUUACUCAGAUUGCUGCAGCCGAUAUUCCUUGGUCUGCUGAUCAGUUACUUCAGACAGCGAAAAGACGCAAGCGAUUUGAAUGCGAUGAUCGUCACUAACAGCAGCAGCAACGAUACGCAGCAAGGCGACGUUGGACAGUCCACAUCGGUAGCCCAGCCGAUAUUCCUCGCCGAAAUGUUAAAAUAUUUUAACAAAAGCAACGAAGAAUCGAUCGUGAGCCGAAACGAAGCCUACUUAUACGCCGGCGGAGUAGUGCUGUGCUCAGCCCUCAAUGUCCUUGUCAUCCACCCAUUCAUGAUGGCAAUUCUUCACAUGGGAAUGAAAAUGCGUGUAGCCUGUUGUACUCUUAUCUACCGGAAGUCACUGAAACUCUCGCGAACCGCCUUGGGUGAAACGACCAUCGGCCAAGCGGUGAAUCUACUAUCGAAUGACGUCAAUCGUUUCGAUGUGGCGUUGAUCUUUUUGCACUACCUGUGGAUCGGCCCACUCGAGACUAUCAUUGUCAUGUACGUGAUGUACCAGAAAGUUCAAGAAUCAGCGAUAAUUGGAGUAGCAACGCUGCUCAUGUUCAUUCCGCUACAAGGGUUCCUCGGCAAGAAAUCGUCGUCAUUGAGAUUGAAAACGGCUAUUAGAACAGACGAGAGAGUGAGGUUGACGAACGAGAUUAUUUCCGGUAUACAAGCCAUCAAAAUGUAUACCUGGGAGAAACCAUUCAGUGCCCUUAUCGCCCAAGCAAGAGCAAAUGAGAUCAAAGUCAUUCGUGGCAUGUCGUAUAUUCGUGGUGCUAUCAUGUCUUUUAUUAUCUUCUCCACGAGACUUUCGUUGUUUAUCACCAUUGUUGCUUAUGUACUACUUGGCAACAACAUUACCACCGACUUGGUUUUCAUGCUCACUGCUUACUACAAUAUCCUCAGGACAAAUAUGACUGUCUUUUUCCCACAAGGUAUAACGCAAGUAGCUGAAGUGAUGGUAUCAAUACGUCGUUUACAACGAUUCAUGAUGUACGACGAGGUAUCGACACGCGAAGAUCGCAGUCUUAUUUAUCGUAAGCCACGUGCCGAUGACGAUAAGAAAAAGAACAUAAAGGGCAAAGCAGCCUCGGAGAAUGGGAAAUCGGGUAAUUUGGUAGUGGAAUUUGACCACGAAAACGAGGGUAUGAUCAAGUUGGAGCACGCAUCAGCGAAAUGGUUGGCAUUUGAAAAGGACGAUACUUUACAUGACAUCAAUCUCGAAGUUAAACCUGGUGAAUUGAUUGCUGUUGUCGGCUCAGUUGGUGCUGGCAAAUCAAGUUUGCUAAACGUGAUUCUCAAGGAGCUGCCGCUCACCUCGGGAUCUAUCACGGUCAAUGGCCACAUCGCGUACGCAAGUCAAGAACCUUGGCUGUUUGCCGGCUCGGUUAGGCAGAACAUUCUGUUUGGCCGAGAAAUGGACCAACACAAGUAUGAGCAGGUGGUCAAAGUGUGCCAACUGAAAAGGGAUUUUAGAUUACUGCCGUAUGGUGAUAAGACCAUUGUCGGUGAGCGGGGAAUCAGUCUGUCUGGUGGACAGCGAGCCAGAAUCAAUUUGGCGCGUGCUGUCUAUUCGGACAACCCGAUUUACAUAUUCGACGACCCGUUGAGCGCCGUAGAUGCUCACGUGGGUAAGCAUAUGUUUGAGGAAUGCAUUGCCAAGUACUUAAGGAAAAAAACUAGGGUGCUAGUAACACAUCAACUUCAGUACUUAAAAACCGUCGACAGAAUUAUCGUAUUGAGUGGUGGAAAAAUCAAAGCGGAAGGCAAAUUUGAUGAGUUGGUAGUCCAAGGUAUCGAUUUUGGUCGCUUGCUCGAACAACAAUUAGCCAAAGUAAAUCAAGAGGACACGGGUUCCCAACCAGUGAGUCGUAGUACAUCGCGACAGGGCAGUAUUACAUCACUAAGCUCGUUCAUGACCAACGAGAACAAUUUGUCCUUUGACGAUCCCAAAGAAGAAGAAGAAAUGCGUUCGGCUGGCAAUGUAUCUGGUGCCGUGUACAAAGGCUACUUCAGCGCCGGAGGCAAUUUGUGUGUCAUUAUCACAAUUUUCGUGUUAUGCGUACUGGCACAAUUUUUCGCAAGCGCCGGUGACUUCUUUAUCUCCGCAUGGGUCGGCAUGGAAGAUAAUUCGACCUUCAAUGACGACGGCUCGAUCAAGGAAUGGAAUGGAUUUUUAAGUCGUGAAAACUGUAUCUAUAUUUACAGUGGCAUAACGGCUUUGACAAUUCUGGUAACAUUGGUGCGUUCGUCAGCUUUCUUCGAUAUGUGUAUGCGUGCGUCCCGCAAUCUUCACGAUGCAAUGUUCGGCUCCAUCAGUCGUGCAACCAUGCGAUUCUUCAAUACAAAUACUUCCGGACGAAUUCUUAAUCGAUUCUCUAAAGACGUUGGUUCUGUGGACGAACUGUUACCGAUUGCCUUAAUAGAUUGCCUACAGAUUGGACUUACUUUAGUCGGUAUUAUAGUUGUUGUGGCCAUAUCAAAAUAUUGGCUGCUCAUACCAACUGUCGUCGUCAGUGUUAUUUUCUAUUAUUUGAGAGGUGUAUACAUUGCCACGGGUCGUAGCGUUAAACGACUGGAAGGAGUCACACGUUCACCUGUGUUUGGCCAUCUGAACGCCAGUCUUCAAGGUUUAGCAACAAUCCGUUCAUUCGAUGCCGACGAGACUCUGAUUAAUGAAUUUGAUCAGCAUCAAGAUUUGCAUUCGUCGGCCUGGUUUAUUUUUAUUGCUACCUCACGUGCCUUUGGAUUCUAUUUGGACGUAUUUUGCCUUAUCUACAUAUUCUUCGUGGUGCUGAGUUUCUUCGUAUUUAAUUUAAAUGGUGAACUACCAGAAGGUAAUUCUGUUGGUCUUGCUAUUACGCAAAGUAUUGGUCUUACUGGUAUGUUCCAAUGGGGUAUGCGACAGAGUGCAGAACUCGAAAAUCAAAUGACCUCGGUCGAACGUAUAUUAGAGUUUAGUAAUCUACCGAGUGAGCCUCCAUUAGAGAGUUUACCAGACAAGAAGCCACCCAACGACUGGCCUCAGCAAGGAAAAGUUGAAUUCAAGAAUGUCUACUUGCGAUACUCGCCUUUGGACCCUCCUGUCCUUAAAAACCUCAACUUCACCAUAAAUCCUAAGGAAAAAAUUGGUAUUGUUGGCCGUACGGGUGCUGGCAAAUCGUCUCUUAUUCAAUCGCUUUUCAGAUUGGCCGACGUGCAAGGCCGCAUCGAGAUCGACGGUAUCGAGACUGGUGGCAUUGGUUUGCACGAUUUACGUCGUCAGAUCAGUAUAAUCCCUCAAGAGCCUUUCUUAUUCUCCGGUACACUAAGGAAGAAUCUCGAUCCAUUCGAUACGCACGAGGAUUCGGUAUUGUGGCAAGCCCUAGAGGAAGUUGAAUUAAAAGAGAUGGGACUGCAAGCGCACAUCAACGAGGGUGGUAGCAACUUAAGUGUGGGACAACGACAGCUGGUCUGUCUUGCUCGCGCUAUUGUUAAGAAUAAUCCUAUUCUGGUGCUGGAUGAGGCUACGGCCAAUGUCGAUCCCAAGACGGAUGAACUCAUUCAGAAGACUAUUAGGACUAAGUUUGAGAAUUGCACCGUACUUACGAUUGCUCAUAGGCUCAAUACUGUCAUGGACAGCGAUCGGAUUAUUGUCAUGGAUGCUGGUACUUGUGUGGAAUUUGAUCAUCCAUUUGUUUUGCUACAAAAGGAAUCAGGUUAUUUGAAGAGCAUGGUCAACGAAACUGGACCAAUAAUGUCGGAAGCUCUGAUGUCUGUUGCCGAAAAUGCAUUCAAGAGUCUCGAUAUUCCUACAAUAGCCGAAAGUACAGCUCUUUAAACAACAAAAAUAUACAAACGGCUUCAUUUCUUGCGUCCGCGCGCGCCAGUAUUUUGCCAUAAAACGUAUACUCAUGACACCUUUGUGUAUAACAUAUACCCAUUAGCGUGCGCGUAUCGAUCACUUUUCAUCACAUAUUUGCGCUUAGAAUGAACACAAGUAAGUGAAUGCGCAGUAUUAAUUACCAGAAUUUUAUACAUUGUGCAUGUGUCGUUAUUUUCAAUCGUCUCUUUUUUGUUUGUUGCGUUUUAUGAAACUGAAAAAAAUAACAGCUAUUUUCGCAAAUCAACGUCUGUGUCUAUUGUCAAUUAUCAAUUUACAAUAUAUAAUUGUAAAAUGAGAAAGCGUAUAAUAUGCAUACGGCAAGGUCCGUUAAAAUGUAGAUAGACAUAUAUACGCAUAUAUAUUUUAAAAAUAUAUAUCUAUUUUUUGAAUAUCGAAUGGUGCUUUUUUGAUCAAUGUAUACGUCUCGCCAGAGAGAUUGCGAGGAUAUGAAAGCCUCACGUGCGACUUGAUUUUAGAGUAAUUUUUUUAGGAAUUAUCGGCUCGCUCCCAUGUCAUACGACAAUGUGCACAUAAGCGCCUUAUACGACGACGAGACUUAAUCUAAGUUUGAUACUUAAAAACUAAUUACCAUUGUGAUUCAACAGAGAAGAGAAACGUUCCUAAUCGUUAAACUUGGUGCUUACAUACUCUCGGUCUUGUUAACUACUUUGAACUCUUAAACAACUUGUAACUGCGUGUUCAAAUGUUACUUUUUUAUUGGCGGCGGUAAUUAUUGUUAUCAUUAUCCUCAUUGUAUCGAUUGUGUUGUAAUUGUAACUAUAGAUCGAUUGUUAUUUUGCUAUUAUUAUUAGUUAUUUUAUUAUUGUAUGUAUGGAAAUAUCGACUAUUCACACGCACAUGGGAAUGAGUUUGAAAUACAAGUGCCUGUACAGGAAAUCAUGAAUCAUAAAUACAAAUUACUAUUUAUAUACUGAAUUGAAUGUUAGUUAAUUGUUGUGAACAAUAAGCCCAGUUUUUCUUAUUAUACUAUGUAUAAAGAUAUUUUGUAACGAACAUACACAAAAUUCGUUUAU